AUAAUUUGUGGACCGAAGAAUCCCCUCUCACUCUCUUCCAGGCCUUAGCUCCCUCCCUCUCUCGUCAUCUACCACUAAAACCCAUUUCCCUCCUCUCUCUCUCUCUCUCUCUCUCCGAGUAUUGACUCACCAGAAACAAAAAGAUAGGUACAUGGCUUCCACCAUUACAAUCCUGCCUCCCUCAUUGCUCUUCCAUGGAAGAAAAGCCCUCUCCAGAGAUGCUCGGAAGCUUCCCGUUUCUGCCGUCGGAGAGAAAAAGAGACGGUUAGAAGUUGUUGUGAAGGCCAGUGGGGAAAGCUCUGAAUCUUCAUCCUCCUUGAGUGUUGUGAAAUCUGUUCAAAAUGUUUGGGAUAAGUCAGAAGAUCGAGUUGCACUUAUUGGUUUGGGGUUUGCGGGUGUGGUAGCUCUUUGGGCAUCCACCAAUCUUAUUGCGGCCAUCGACAAACUUCCUCUUAUUCCAAGUACACUAGAAUUCAUUGGCAUCUUGUUUUCUUGGUGGUUCAUAUAUCGUUAUCUCUUGUUUAAACCAGAUAGGGAAGAGCUGCUUCAGAUCAUCAAGAAAACAAUAUCAGAUGUUUUGGGCCAGUGAGUGUGCAGCUCUACAGAAUAGUAGGAAGAAAAGGAUCAGAAGGGUUUGUAGGAGGUUAAUGUAAUUGUUUUCUGCAAGCUACGGCUACUUGAUUUUUUUUUUUUUUUGUGAACCUACAUGCCCAACAAUAGUGACAAUUAGAUGUAAGGAGCGUUUUCAUCAUUGAAGGAAACAUUGCAAAAGCCCUCUCAGAUCACAAUUUAUGAAAUUAGGAAUUGAAGGCCCAUAGAUCGUGUUUCCAGCCCCACCUUGCCCCUUUGUACAAAACUCAUUUUUUGGAGUGGGAAUGGUAAAUAUGGAAUGGACCUUAGUGAGCGACCCAUUGGUAAAUCAUGGUCCUGUUGGCUCGAUAACGUGCAAAUAAUGGAUAUCUUAUUGUCAGCUGCUCAUUCAUUUCUCAUUAGAACAGAGGAGAUUUCCGUUAAUGGCUCAAAUCAACGAGUGUGCAUUACCUUGACCUUCCAUGAUCAGAUUAUCUUAUCUUUGUUCAAUGGGCCAAUGCGCGAGUAUGCUCACUUCUUUUCAAUUGGCUUUCUAGACAGAGUGAUGAUUAUGCUGGAGGUGAUCGCGCUGAGUAAGAUGUGAGGCCUAUCAUUUCCAUCACUCGUUGUUUCAAUGAGCUAGGUUGUUUUCUUAAGAAAAUGGAUCCCUCAAAUGAUGCAUUUUCACUACUUGUAAUCUCAAAACAGUGGAAAUUCCUUCUUUGUUGUAUAUUUUCAUUUUCAGGAGUGGAUUUCACAUAUUACGUCA